AUGGAGUGGUUCUCUGGUGAUAUCGCACAGUGUAUCAAGAAAGUUAAGACGGAUGGGAAGCUCUUCCUCGUCUUUUCAAGCGGUGAAGAAGAUGAAUCCAAACAAAUAUCAGAAGCUUUAGACUCGGAUGAAGUGGCUGAUCAAUGCAGUGAUAUAAUAUGCCUUCGACUUCAAUCUGGGUCGACAUCUUUUACUCAGUUUUGCGCAGUUUAUUCGGUCCCAUCCAUUCCUUGUAUUCAUCUCAUCUCUCCAUUUGGUAAAGUCUUAUCGGUCAAAUCUACAGACUUUACUCAAAACCAGAUCUCACAUUGGUUGCAAGAAACUAUCACAAUUUUUCAUUUAAUUGAAGUUAAGGAAGGUGAAGUAGAUCAAAUGAAAUCUCAAAGUCGGCAAGUACCUGAUGAAAAUAUACUUAUUAAAGAGGAUGAGAGAGCUCAAGAAUUGCAGACUGUAAGGACCGAAAGUGCAAAAGCUAGUGAUGAAGCCACGCUGAAACAACCAGAAACCAUCGAAUUAUCUCAAUCUUUGCCUAUUAAUGAGACGAUUUCAUCUAAUCAUGAUGGUUCAUCAACUCAAGGAAACGAUGAUGGUGAAGCUUCUCAUCCAGGAUUAAGCUUAAAGAAUAAAAUUGAGCACGCCAAACGUCUCAUUGAGGAAAAGAAAAAGGAAAAAGCAGUCGAAGAAUUUCAGAAGACUCAUGAAGCAGAAAUCAAGCGUCGCGAACAAGGUCGCAAUUUGACCGAAUUCAAGCGCAUGCAAAGGGAAAGAGAAAUUCGGGAGCGGUUGGAGGAACAAAAACGUGACAAGGCUGAAAGGGAAGCUGCGCGGCGCCAAGUUCUUGCUCAAAUUGAAGCUGAUAGACGCGAGCGCAUGUCCGCGGUUCGUCUCCAAAUACGGCUACCAGACGGCGCCCAUAUGAUUGGUGUGUUUUCAUCUGGGGCUUAUUUAGGUACCGAUGUGAGGGAUUACAUUACCGCGCGUGUACGAGGAAAUGAAAUUUCUACGUACAACGGCGUCACUGUACCUCCGUUGAGUGAAGCAAUGCGCUCUUCCUUCGCUCCAGUUGUCUCCAGUGGUUACAUUUUCCGUCAAACACAAUUGCCACCACCCCGAAACUUCUCGGUAGAGGAUGAACACGCGAAAACGCUUCGUGAUCUUGACCUUUGGCCUUCUUCUGUUCUCACUCUGCAGAGUUUACCAUCGCCGAUUUCGCUUUCUAGAAGGUCUGUCUCUGAAUACUCUCAGAAUAUUAUGUCGUAUAUGUUUGGUUUGGUAUGGAAUGGAAUUCGGAAUGUAGGUGAAUCUGUGUACUAUCUCGGAGCUGGUUUGAUUAAUUUUGGACAAAAUACAUGGCAAACCCUCUGGGGUAGUGCUGACGUUGGCGGUCGAGAUGGACAAACCCUUGGUCGUGAACCUAGUGAAAAUUCCGAAUCUCGUCCCAAAUCCAGUAAUGUUGAAUCGGAUGAGGGGAGAGCCUACAGACGGCAGGGCAAUAUCUCGAGACUCUCUCAUAUGCCCGAUGACACGGAUGAACAAGCGAGGUGGAAUGGAAACUCGACAACUCAGCUGUGA